AUGAGUUAUCCAAAGGUAGCCCUCAUUGCAGGCGCAUCUCGUGGCGUUGGCGCGGCCGUUGCGCGGUCUCUGGCCUCACACAGCGACAUGCGAAUCAUGAUCAAUUACCACCAAAAUCAAGAAGCAGCCAAACAGUUAAUAAGUGAAAUGGAAACUCUGCGUACUCAAUCUGGACAUGUCAAAGACAGCCAGAGCCCAACAUUUGCUGCCGCCCAGGCCGACAUAACCAACAGAACUGAGAUGACGCGACUAGUACAGCAGACGGUCGAACAAAUGGGUCGCUUGGAUAUAGUCAUCUCCAAUGUGGGAUGGACGCGAAUGACAGAUUUUAUGAAUUUACAAGCUGCCGAUAAUGAAGAAGACUGGGAUCGAUGCUUUGAAGUGAACGUCAAAAGCCAUUUUCGUCUCUUUAGGGCUUGCCAGCCGCAUUUGGAAAGCAGUGAGGGUACUUUUAUCGCGACGGCAAGCGUGGCUGGGGUUAAGCCUAGUGGAAGCUCGUUGCCGUAUGCUGUGACCAAGGCUGCUCUUAUUCAUCUUAUUAAGAGCCUUGCUAUCAUUGCGGGGCCUAAAAUUCGCGUGAAUAGCGUUGCCCCAGGAGUUCUCAUGACGGACUGGGGAAAGACAUUUUCUCCAGAUAAAAUCCAGGCAGUCCAAGACAAGAAUGUUCUCAAGCGCCUAGCCACGCCAGAAGACGUCGCAGAACAGAUUCGAUUCCUUGCCAUGAAUAGAUCUAUCACCGGCGUCAAUGCGCUAAUCGAUGCCGGUUUCUCGCUAUAG